GUGGAGCAGCACAACCAUAGCCAGAGCACCUGGAUCCUGCUGCACCACCGCAUCUAUGACGUCACCAAGUUCCUCGAGGAGCAUCCAGGUGGUGAGGAAGUCCUAAGAGAGCAAGGUGGAGGAGAUGCCACUGAAAGCUUUGAGGAUGUUGGUCAUUCCACAGAUGCUAGAACACUGUCAGAGUCAUUCAUUAUUGGGGAGCUUCAUCCUGAUGACAGAGACAAGGUUCAGAAACCAACGGACACACUUAUUACUACAGUGCAGUCUAAUUCCAGUUCAUGGACCAACUGGGUGAUCCCAGCAAUAGCAGCAAUAAUUGUGGCCCUAAUGUAUCGUUUCUACUCAUCGGAGUAAACCUUCCUGAGAAGUAAUGAAGGGAGAGACUGAUCUGGGGGGAAAACAGAAACCAUCUUAACCCACUGCAUUUCUGAUAACAGAAGAGCCUGAUGACAACAGAAGAUUUUAAAAUGCAACUAUUUCAGAAAACCAAAACUAUUCUUCUGCACACUUUUUCCUUCACACUGCUGUUUUAUUUAAACUUUUUAAAGUAAUAAAGGUAGUCUUUCUCUUUUGUAUAACAAUUUUAUUCUCUAAUGAAUCACUUUUAAGAUUACUGUACUGAUUUGUGUUAAAGAACACUUACAUUAUGUAUGUACCAGCCUGAAAUUUGUAACCUUUCUUCUUUUAAUGCUUUAGGCUUUAUGUGACUUUCAUAUAAAACCUUGAGCCUUAAAUGACCAUCUAAACCAUGUGUGUGUAUGUUCAUGCACGUGCCUUUUUUUAACCCACAGUCUUGUGUUUGUCUUCUAGUAGUAUUUCAAAUGGCUUUGGUUUUUCAUACACAAAGAACUCAUAACUAGUUGGAUUUAAAAUAUCUUUUUAUUAAGAAUAAAAUGGUGGAGAAUGCUGUCAGUGGGAUGAUGAUGUGAUAUCUGUUAAGCUUAUAUGCAUAUGUAGAGUCUAACUUACAUAGUAUGUGGACCUACAUAAGCUGCAGAAUGUUCUUAGUUAAUUCCUCUCUGCCAUCCCUGUCUCUGCCACUGGUAUAGAGACUACCAUCAGACUUUUUAUUUAAUUCUGUCAUCCUUAGAAAACAAGUAAUUGAACCAUAAGAAAAAGAAACCCCACUGUCUUCACUUCAUGAACAUCCCCUGUAUGUUUUGCAAAAACACUAUCAGAUAAAUUCUGCAGUGGGAAACAUGGUGCCAGGUAGUGCUGUUCUCAGCCAAGCACUCAGGUAAUUCUGUGAUUUUUUUUUUUUUUUUUUUUUUUUUACAAAACUGUUUAUAAAUCUUUAAGUCAUAGAACCCCUGUGGAUAAAAUGGAUAACAUAAAUCUGCACUAACUAGUUAACUGACUGUGCUGUUUCUUUAUGGGUCACUUCGGGGGAAAAAGGUAACAUGCAAUGUACUGACCAUGAUGUACACCGGAAGAGGAAUUUUGCUGUUUGCAUUAUGUAAGAGUUUCUUCUAAGUACUUGCAUGUACAAUAUCAUGAAUAAAAAUUUAAUCUGUGAUGUA